GUCAAUUUUGUUUUGUGUAUUAUUAUUAUUUAUUGAAAUGUCGUCGUAUGUUAUUGAUACUCACAUGUAACAAGUUCACCCUUUUAUCAGUCCUUGAUCUUUUCACUGUUCGGUGAUAACUACGGUAGUGAUAGUGAUAGUAUACAAAGUUUGUGUUAUAUCUAUUAUUAAUUAUUAUAACAAGAAUGAAUAUUUCUGAAAAAAUGUAUACAAUUCAGCAUGUCAGUCGAACUGAAAAGACGGAAAAAGAGUGUAUUCAUUCUGGCCAAUUCAUGGUAUCUCAUUUUGAGGCUGAAGAACAAGACGAUGAAGACAAUGUAGCAGUUCCAAUACCAGAGACUACAGAUAACAAAAUCAUUGUCCCACUAAUAUCAGUGAGACCCAGGAGCAUACAAAACCAAAUAGAAAUUCAAAAGAAAGAGCAACAAUUAGCUAUUGAUACAAGUUUGGCAAAAUUAUUUCAGUGUAUGUCUUUGGCUUACAGACAGAAACUAACAUCUCCUAAGUGGAACAGAUUUCGAGGCAUACGACUGAGGUGGAAAGAUAAAAUACGACUGAAUAAUGUAAUUUGGAGAUGUUGGCAUUUACAGUUUAUCAAAAAAGAGAAUACGCUGGUGUGCCAAUUCGCUUCUCCAUUAGAUGUGGACACUCACAAUAAACCUGAGGCAGUUGUGUUGGAAGGUAAAUACUGGAAGAGGAAGUUAGCCGCAGUCACAGCAGAAUACAAAAGAUGGCGAAUGUUCUACAGGAACAAUCAACAUGGACACAAAGAUGCCAUCGAUUCGUUGCACGAAAUGGAUCUCCUUGUUUGGGACUCGAACAGUUCAGACAAUAUGAGCAUGAAUAUGAUGGUGGAUGAAGACUAUAUGGGAUUGAUGAGCGACACUUUGUUUUCCACAAUCACAAAUCAACCGUUCGCGUUUCCAGAUUCAAGAGAAAUUGCUAAGGCCGGCCUAGCAGACUUCAUCCAGCCAAGUUUAGGACCUCUGCAGCCCAAUUUGGAGGAUUAUAUGGAUUUGGAUCCAUUUCAAGAAUUUUUGUGCAGUAAACUACCAACAGUACCUGAAGAAAACCAAAACGCACAAAUCGUAGUUGGAUGGGGAUACAUGGGCAAUGAUAUAAGCAAUGCCAAUAAUAAUUUGGAGGUGCAACCUUUACCCGAAUCUCCAACCCAAAUCAAUCAGUACCAGAUGCCUACACUGCUACAGGCACCCACAAAGGAUACUCGGCAAAUAGAAACCAUGGUUUCGCCAUCUUUCAACGAUAUGAUGCUGCCACCGCACGCCGAUUCAUACGUCAGCGUGUCUCAGCCAUCGCCUUACUCUACUGUGAUCUCAAAGAACAAUUCUAAAACCGCUAAGAAUGUAUCGACAUCUCGCGGCAGGUUGCAAAACUUGGUUUACAGCAAGUCUAUGGAUAAUAUACAUCCGAAUUUUACACAAAAUGCAUCUAGUCAAGCGUCGAAUGCAUCACAAGGAAUUUCAGCUCAACAGCCACCAAAGCAGCAGCCACAAGUACAAGAUGUUCAGUACAAGUUAGUAUCUACGCCACAACAAGACGAAAAGCAGGAAUACAAGUUCUCAAUAGUAGCGUCUUCAAACAUAAAGUUCACACCAGCGCAGGUACAACCACAAAUGAUGCAAUCUUACCCUUCAAUCUAUCAAUAUAGUAGUGCACCCGUAGCUCAAACCGCAGAUAAAUUAGAACCCCGUCGAAGAGGCGCGCCAAGAGGAAGAGGAAGAUCGAGAUCAACCACUAGAGAACCAAUCAAGAGACCUCCUCUCAUUUCGGCUGUGAGUGAUCCAUCAUUAAUCACGCCACAAACCAGUGUCAUAUUAACUCAGUUGCUGACAAAUAAUACCAGUACGCUAUUCGGCCAGAAUAGAGAGGCAGCUCAAGGUAUACAAGAUAUCUCUUCAAAUCGCGUGCGAAUCAAAGAAGAGUCUAGUUCUUCCAUAUCCCAAUCAUCUCCCGCUACCCUGGUUAUCUCUUCAGCUCAUGGCAAUCUCGAAUCAACACAGUCCUCUCCAUGUGAUUCAUUGCUACAGGGCUACAGCAAUUCGAAUAGCCCCAUAAUGGACCCGCUCUCCCCCAAUUUGAAUUCACCUACAUCAUCACAAAGUUCAUUAGGAUCACCUAGUGCAGAAUCGUCAGGCCAGAGAGACAGGAGAGUGGUGCACAUACACGCCGAACAGAAACGACGAUAUAAUAUCAAGAAUGGAUUCGAUAUGCUCCAUUCUCUCAUACCUCACCUGAAUCAAAACCCCAAUGCUAAAUUAAGUAAGGCAGCUCUGCUUCAAAAAGGUGCGGAUUACAUAAUCCAGUUGAGGGCAGAAAGAAACCAGCUCAAAGAUGAAAUGGAUUCACUACGGCAACAAAUUGAAUCUUUGAAUACAUCGAUAAGCAAUUGUCAGUCUAUGUUACCUGUGACCGGUGCUCCAGUUUCCAGGAGGAAAGACAGUAAAAUGCAGGAACUGUUUGAUGAAUACGUGAGAACCCGUACUAUGGAUAACUGGAAAUUUUGGAUUUUUAGCCUAAUUUUUAAGCCUCUUUUGAAUUCAUUCAACAACUUCGUGUCAUGUACCAGCUUACAUGAUCUGUAUACAUCCACGAUGCUUUGGGUUGAGCAGCACUGUACGCUAGUAGACCUUAGACCUGUGGUUCUCAAUUCAUUGAGGUACCUAUGUAAAAAGACGGAGAUUUUAUCAGAUCCAGACAAACUUCCAGGUGAAGCCCAACAAAUGGUAAUGCAGAGUAACCAAAAUCAAGAAUAACUAGUGUUCAAUUAUGUAAACUCACAAUAAUUAACACAUCUUGCUCAGAAUCUACUAAUGUGGGAGAUGUGAUAUGAAGUGCAAAUUAUCUUAAUUUCUGGUAAAGUCUUGCCCGGUUCUUCAAACCGCGAGUGUCUAUGUUUUUGUAAAUUUGUAUGGAUAUAAUUUCCAUAACGCAUAUGAAAUGCAAGAGCCCCUCAACAUUUCAGUGUUUGUAUGUUUUUUUUAAUGGUAUAUUGAAUGGAAGUGUCAAUGUCAUAGCAUAUCCAAAACAGGUUACAUUAGUUCAUCACUUCUUGCAAUCUCAUCUUCAACUGCAAAUUCAUGGUCAGAAAAUAGGUCUUCCAUUAUGUUAGCGAAGAAAUAAUUUGGUAUAUCUUGAAAUUUUAUAAAGAUUUUUUUUUAUUGACACUUGAAUCAUUCAUAAUUUUCCUGGAAUUUUCAAUGGAUAACGAUUUAAAUUGAAUUGUUGAGAAUACUUUGAAAUUAUAUAAAUUGUACACUAGUAAUUCAAAUCAUGGAUUCAGUAGUCAUUGAAAUUGUUAUUACCUUAAUUUUGCUACAUUUGAAAAAUUAUUAAGAAGGGUGUAAUUCAAUUUAUGGCUGAAAAUAUAGGAUGACGUUGCUUAGCUCAUUUUAGGAAGAAAAGUUCAUAUGAAUAUAUGCACUAAACCUCUCAACUAUACCUUUUCAACUUCAAUUCCGGAAUCUGUAGAUUUUAUUUCGGAGAAGGUAAACUCGAUUUCGAAAUUGGUUAGUUCGAUUUCAGGAAUGGGAAACUCAAUUUCAGAGUCGGUGAGUUGAAAUUUAGAAAAAGUCCAUUCAAUUUCAGAAAUGGUAAGUUGUAUUUCAGAAAAUAAAUACUUAUAUUUGUUUGACAUAUUUCUAGUUGCAUGCGAAAGAACAAACCAUGUUUAGUAUAUUUAAAUUUUUAAAAACCAUCAAAUAACAUAUACUUACUAAACUUAAUUUUUAAUUAUUCUAUAUCGAUAUGUCUUCCAUUCGAAUCGCAGAAGGAUAGCGGCGUUGCACAUGAUUUGAAAGAAUUCAAACUCUUUUGAGGUAUAUGUUCUCAUUGAAUGACCUGAACAUUCUUCAUGACAUCACAGUCUGAAUUUAAUUUGGUUUAGCAAUCUGUUUGGAUUUUCCGACCAAGACACUUUUUGGUAAUGCUCUUGCAAGAAGCUCUUCACUUCUGACUUGAAGGUAUAAUAUGUUCAAUUAUUGGGUUCAACAUUCGGGGCUGUAAUGUGCCAAUCUGCAAAUAAGAACAUCUUGAACUCCAUCCUUCAUGCAAAUCUCCUCUAUAUAUUCUUGAAUGUGCAGGUGCAUUAUCCAGAACUACCACUAUGUUAUCUGUAGGAUGCCCAUUUUAAACGCACGCUCAUCCUCCUAUGAACUAAGAUUCAUACAGUGACUCAUUUUCACUGCUAUUCGAUCUACUUCUUGAUGAGGUCGAAUCCGAGGUAGUUGAUUCCGACGAACUGGGUGAUUGGCAGCUACGUCUCUUCGUUGGACGACCCAUAACAACUUUAGGUAGGCAGAAUUCUUUUUCACCACUUCUGAUGUAAAGAGCGAGUAAUGAGGCACACACAAACAAUACAACACCACCUUUAAUGACCCCAACACCUUACAACCUUGUCACUUGGCUGACUGUAAUAUACUGACUAAUUACUAAUCUCCUAUCUUCAACCGUUCUGCAUUCCGUGAUUCAUCAUACUCGUAAUCACCAACCGCCGUCCGCUUAUGUUAUAUACUGUGUGUAUAACAUGUGUAAUCAGGAAUCUAUUUCAAGUUGAACUUCUCUUUCUGAAAUUGAACUAACCAAUUCUGGAAUUCAACUUACCAUUUCUGAAAUUGAAUGGACAUUUUCGGAAAUUCAACUCACCGAUUCUGGAAUGAAUUAACCAUUACUGAAACCGAGUUUACCUUUUCCGAAAUAUAACUUACCGAUUCUGAAAUUGAGGUUCAAAAGGUAUAGAUAUUUUCAUGAAAUUUGACAUGCACCUACUAAGUACCAUGUGGU